AGCAUCCGAGACAGCCUUGCACUCCUUUUCGACCAUGGCUCCGGUGACAGACCCCUGCUCCUUCUCUUCUUUCUCCAAAUGCCUCACUCGGCACCUGAACCUCAUCCUGCGUGUGGACUUCGACAGUCGAACUAUCAGAGGAAAAGUCGCUCUGACAGUCGAAGUGCUGGAAGACAAAUUCUCUGUUCUGACUCUUGAUACAAAGGACUUGAAAAUCUUCAAGGUGUCAGCCAAUGGUCAGGCUGCUAAGUUUGAACUGGGAGCUCAGCAGGGUUAUAAAGGCAGCCCUCUGGAGAUCACCUUGCCCUUUGAGCUCUCACGCGGUCAGAAUGUGAUUGUGGAGGUAGAGUAUGAGACGUCGCCGAGCGCCUCAGCCCUGCAAUGGCUUUCUCCUGCACAGACUGCUGGGAAGAAACACCCCUAUCUUUUCAGCCAGUGCCAGGCCACUCAUUGCAGAACAAUGCUGCCCUGUCAGGACAUGCCAUCAGUGAAACACACCUACUAUGCCAAGGUGUCUGUGCCGAAAGAGCUGAUUGCUGUCAUGAGUGCAGUGCGUGAUGGACAAGAACCGGACCCCUCUGACAGCAGCAGAGUCAUCUACCGCUUCAGACAGCCGGUGCCCAUGACUUCUUAUCUGAUUGCACUUGUGGUGGGAGCUCUGGAGAGCAGGGAGAUUGGGCCUAGAUCCAGAGUCUGGUCAGAGAAGGAGUAUGUGGACCAGGCUGCCUUUGAGUUCUCUGAGACGGAGACGAUGUUGAAGACAGCUGAGAGUCUGUCAGGGCCGUAUGUGUGGGGGCAGUAUGACUUGCUUGUGCUGCCUCCAUCUUUCCCCUACGGUGGCAUGGAGAACCCCUGCCUCACCUUUGCCACACCUACUCUACUGGCUGGAGACCGCUCCCUCUCCAAUGUUAUUGCUCACGAGAUUUCCCACAGCUGGACUGGAAACCUGGUGACCAAUAAAACCUGGGAGCAUUUCUGGUUGAAUGAGGGACACACUGUGUACCUGGAGAGGAUGAUUGGCAGAGCUUUGGAAGGGGAGCAGUUCAGGCAGUUUAAAGCCAGAGGAGGAUGGAAAGAACUGCAGGAGGCUGUGCACCAGUUUGGGGAAAAUAAUGUCCUAACUAACCUUGUGCCAAGCCUCAAAGAUGUUGACCCUGAUGAUUGCUUCUCCUGCGUGCCAUAUGAGAAGGGAUUCGCCCUUCUGUACUAUCUGGAAGAGCUGCUGGGAGGCCCAGAGGUGUUUAUGGGCUUUGUGAAGUCCUAUACCCAGCUGUUUGCCUACAGGAGUGUGACCACAAAAGAGUGGAAGGACUACCUGUUUACCUACUUCAAAGACAAGUUGGACAUCUUGAAUAAAGUGGACUGGAACGGAUGGAUGUACACUCCAGGAAUGCCCCCAGUAAAACCACAGUACGACACCACCCUGGCAGAUGCCUGCAUUGCUCUGGCCCAGAGAUGGCAGAAUGCUAAGGAUGCAGAUCUGUCAGGCUUCAGUGAGGCUGAUAUAAAGCAGCUCUCUUCUCACCAGCUCAUUGAGUUCCUGGCUCUGCUGCUGCUGGAGGACCCUCUUCCUCAGUCUCAUGUGAAGAGAAUGCAGGAGGUGUAUAACUUCAACAGCGUCAAAAACUCUGAGAUUCGUUGCAGAUGGCUGCGUCUCUGUGUUAAAGCCAAGUGGGAGGAGGCUGUUCCCCUGGCUCUGAAGAUGGCCACAGAGCAGGGCAGGUUGAAGUUCACUCGUCCACUCUUCAGGGACGUUUACAAUUUUGACAAGUUCCGUGACGUGGCUGUGAAGCUUUUCAAGGAGCAUCGUGACGCAAUGCACCCAGUCACCGCAACCUUGGUGUCCAAGGACCUGAAAGUUGACCAACGCACAGGCUUUUAACUCCACUGACCGCCUCACUUUGCUCUUCAACUCCACCAGCAGCAUGCUGGGUGAAUUAGACCUGAUCUGCAGACACAUGAUCAAAUUUUUAUGUACCCUGCAGGUAGACAUGUGUGGCUUUGCCUGUUUGCUUGGCAAGUUCUGCCUUUUGUGCCUUGAUGGAAGUCCUAAUCUCAGGGCAAGGGGGCAAAGCAAAGCUCCUCUGAAUUUCACAAUCACCUGCUGACGCAAGUUGGUCUUUAAAGCGUCUUUUCUCUUGUUAGGUGCCCAUGCUAAGCAAUAAACUACUCAUCUAACUUCUA